AUGGCGGCGGGCGGGACGCUGCUGCUCAACCUCAGCCCGGCGCCGCGGGGUCGCAGCCGGGUAGGUGCUGCCAGGGCAGGUCGGGGACCCGGCCCGGGACAAGCGACGGCCAUCCCUUUACCGGGUCUGGGGAGGCUGCUGCCGGCUGAGGCCGUGGCUCUCGUCAGGAGUGGAGCUGGGGGCACCGGCUGGGACUGGCCCGGGGAGCCGCGGGACGGGGUUGGUGUCUGCAGAGGGGCCGGUGUGCUGGGCACGGAGACGGGCCGGCCUUGGGUAGUGGUGGUGGGAAACACGAGCGGCUUCGGACUCGUCUGGUGGCUGCUGAAGCUGUGGUUCUCAGUCAUUAAUGCAUUCUUUCUCUCUGGUUUGUUAACAUUAAAGCAGUCUGGCGCUCUAAAAAGAAAGCUUCAGUCACCAAAUGGAAACCCACCUUUGAAACGUAAAUGUAAGCCAUCAGUAAACACCUUCAAGAAACCUGCUAUAGAGGCUGACAUCAGGCAGAAGGGAAGUUCAUCACAGAAAUCUACUCCUAAGAAGCAGUUGACUGACAACCGAAAUGAAAGUCAGAAAAGCAAACCUUUCAUUAAGACAUCCAGCCUGUUUAGAAACAACCCUGAUAUCCCAAAAAUUCACAGAAAAGCAGUGCAGCAGGUACAAGAAAAUGUUUUCACUACAGAUUCUUUCAGCCAGUUGGACCUCCAUCCACAUCUGAUCUCCACAAUAAACACCGUCCUAAAGAUAAGUAGCAUGACCAGUGUUCAGAAGCAAACAAUUCCUGUUCUCCUGCAAGGCAAAGAUGCUCUAGUGAGAUCUCAGACUGGUUCAGGUAAAACUCUUGCCUACGGAAUUCCACUUGUACAGUCUCUUCAAGGAAUGGAGUCCAAAAUACAGCGCAGUGAUGGGCCUUACGCACUCAUAAUAGUCCCAACAAGAGAGCUUGCACUCCAGAGUUUUGACACAAUGCAGAAGCUACUUAAGCCAUUUGCCUGGAUUGUGCCUGGAGUGCUAAUGGGGGGAGAAAAGAGAAAAUCGGAAAAAGCCAGAUUACGGAAAGGAAUAAAUAUCCUCAUUUCAACUCCUGGUCGCCUGGUUGAUCACAUCAAGUCCACAGAAUGUAUUCAUUUCCGUCGCACUCAGUGGCUGAUUAUUGAUGAAGCAGACAGGAUUCUGGACCUGGGCUUUGAGAAGGAUGUAACUGUGAUACUCAAUGCUUUAAAUGCCGAGAGGGAGACCCGUCAGAAUGUCCUGCUCUCAGCCACCCUCACGGAAGGAGUAACACGACUGGCUGAUAUCAGUUUGAAUGAUCCCAUCAGCAUUUCCAUAGCAGAUGAAACCCAGAUCAGACCAGCAUCACAAAUGGAUGGACAAUCCAGUAGUUCAUCAAACUGCAUGGAGCAGGAAAACUUUGCUGUUCCAGAGAAGCUCAAGCAGUAUGUCAUGGUGGUCCCCAGCAAAUUGAGGCUUGUCACGUUAGCAGCUUUUAUCCUUGAGAAAUGCAAGUUUGAAAAACACCACAAGAUGAUCAUCUUUUUCUCCAGCUGUGAACAAGUGGAAUUCUACUAUGAGCUCCUCUUAAAGGUCCUUUCAGGAGGGCUGGAAUCAGAACAACCUGAACAUUCAUCUCUCUCUUCUGCACGCUUACAGUUUCUACGACUGCAUGGCAAUAUGGAACAGGAAGAAAGAACAGAGGUCUUCCAGGAGUUCUUAAAAUCCAAGACCGGCAUCUUGCUUUGCACUGAUGUUGCAGCACGUGGAUUAGACCUGCCUCAAGUGACAUGGAUUGUGCAGUAUAAUGCUCCAGCUUCACCUGCGGAAUACAUCCACCGGAUCGGGAGGACGGCUCGCAUUGGCUGUCACGGGAACAGCCUGCUUGUCCUGGCGCCUUCGGAGGCAGAAUAUGUCAGCUUGCUGGCUUCUCACAAGAUUAAUGUUUCAGAGAUAAAGAUGGAGAAAGUAUUAUCCAGCCUGAUGAAAGACGAUCGCUUCAAGUUGCACAGACCAAGAAGAAAGCAAUCCUGUGGCACGGACCCUCAGGAAGUCCGGGAGCGGGCCACGGUCUUGCAGACUAAAUUUGAAGACCACGUUCACUCCAGCGAGGGCACUGUCCGGUGGGCAAAGAAAGCACUGCAGUCUUUCCUUUGUGCCUAUACCACCUAUCCCAGGAACCUCAAGCACAUCUUCCACAUCAAAUCUCUCCACCUGGGUCAUUUGGCCAAGAGCUUUGGCCUGAGAGAUGCCCCCCAGAACCUGACUGCUUUUCCAGCUGCAGGCUCAAAGAAGAAAGCCAAACCAAGACCAAAAAGGUCUGACCUUCUCAAGAAGACCCGUGGCAAACAUUGCCUUGCUGAGAUCUUGCGAUCUGAAUAUUCCAGUGGGAUGGACACGGGUGUAUCCAAGGUCAAGAAGAAGAAAAAACAGAGAAAACCUGGCAACCAGCAGAUUCCAACAUAAGUCAGGACCUUCCAGUGGUUGGAUGCAAAACCUGCUUGAGUGCCUCUGCUGGGGGUCAGGGUGACCUGCCAAAUGAACACAGGAAUGUUUCAAUUUAUCAGGCAAAUAUGGGAGGGAUCUUGGUGUUCUUGGCCUCCUCCCUUUCAUUCCAUAGGUCCAAAUGGAAUCGAAUCCAGGCGUGUCCUGUUGCACUGCUGCAAUUGAAUGUGGCCUCAUAGAGAUGCACCACGUUUCUAAGGUGGUUUUUUUACAAGAAAAAUAAAAAAGGUUAAAUAUGUUUUUCAGAAAAA